GGAAAGGCAACAGUUUUCUUUUUCUUUAAUUUUUUUUAAAUAAUCAAUUUAGUGUUCUUCAACUCCGCAAGGCUAACCCUUUUCCAGAUUUUCUCAUCAAAUUUCACUUCCCUACUCGAAAUCUUCAAAACAGCAAAUUUCUCACUCUAACUCUUAGUUUAAAGUGUUCCUCAGUAGAGUGGGUUUUCUUUCUUUCUUUGUUUUUUCAAAUAAAGUCCCCGAAUUUCUUCACUUCUUAUUCCAACUUUGCUGUGUUUUUAAUCAAAGGUUUGAUACUUCUCUGGAUCUUUGAUAGCAUCAAUAUCCAUUAACGAUGAAUUCGGGUUGGAACGAUGGUUGGGGUGAUGAAUGCUCGGUCAUAAGUGAUAAAGGUGAGAUUGGGUUUAUUGACUUUGCUGAUGAUAAGUCCGUGCAAAGUUAUGACAUAAAUGAAGAGGGGCCGGUUAUUAUCUCAGUUCCAUUUCCUUUCUCUCAAGGGAAGCCUCAAUCCGUUCUUGUUGGCCAAACUUCAAAGUGGCCGAUUACGUUAGAGAACACUAUUGACGAGCCUGUAGAACUUUGGGGAGUAAGGAUUUUCUGCUCAAAUCCGGAAGAUUCGUUUACUUUGUCUCUCAUGGAGCCACCUUCAGCUGAUUCAAAGUCAGAACAAAGCCAAGGAUUCUUAGAAGGAUUAUUCUCUCUUGAGGAUCGAGUACUUCAAUCCCGGGAAACUCUUACCAUUUGGCUGUCUUGCAAUCCGAAAGACAUGGGUUUGCACACAACUGUAGUACACUUUGAUGUAGAUGAUAAUAGGAUUGAACGAGUAGUGUUUCUAUUGGCUGAAGAUAAUGUCUCCCAAUCUCUCGCUUCUACUAAGCCUUACAGGAGAGCUCCAAGAAGAAGAAAUCACUUUGCUGUUGACGAGUAUGUGGUUUCCUCUCGCCCAGCUAAGCCAAAAACCCGUGGAUACAAAUCUAAGCUUGAUGAAUAUCCAGUCCCGAAACAUAUCAGAGAGUUAUUAGAGAAUAAGCAUGUGCCUGAUAUUCUUGCAGAAGGUUUGACGAAGGAGAACUAUGCUGGUUUCUUCAGUACAUUGCUUGUAAUGGAAGAGCUGCAUUUAGAGGAAGAAAUGAGGUCUCAUAACAUGGAAUGUGUCAUGAUGAGGAGGAAAGGACCGCAAUUCGUAGCUCUUGAAGUACCUGGAUUAGCUGAGAAGAGGCCUUCACUUGUACAUGGUGAUCAUAUUUUUGCGAAGAUUGCCUCCAAUGGUUCAGAUUCUCCAGUAUAUCAGGGCCACAUCUAUCGUGUUGAGGCUGAUGAAGUACUCUUGAGAUUUGCAAGCCAAUUUCACACCCUUCACCGGGACGGAAACUUAUACAAUGUUCACUUCACAUAUAACCGGGUGAAUAUGAGGAGGUUGUAUCAAGCUAUUGAAGCUGCACAGACUUUACAAGACAAUCUUCUGUUUCCAUCAGAAUCAACCAAACGGACAUUGGUUAAAAAUGCUCCGAUUGUGCCUUGUACCGGCACACUGAAUGUGGAACAGAUACAUUCUGUCGAGAUGAUACUUGCUUGCAAGGGAGCUCCUCCCUAUGUGAUUUAUGGCCCUCCUGGCACCGGUAAAACCAUGACUUUGGUGGAAUCAAUUCUACAGAUAUAUAUGACAAGAAAAAAUGGUCGGAUUCUAGUAUGUGCGGCUUCAAAUAGUGCUGCGGAUCAUAUAUUAGAGAGACUUAUCAGUAAUGAGAAUGUGAAAGUUAAAGAGAGCGAAAUAUUUAGGCUAAACGCUACUAGUCGUCCCUAUGAGGAUGUUCUACUUGAUCAUAUUCGCUUUUCCUACUUCGAGCUGUCUGUUUUCAAGUGUCCUCCUUUGGAAGCUCUCAACCGCUAUAGAAUUAUCAUAUCAACUUAUAUGAGUUCAACUCUACUUUAUGCAGAAGGUGUGAAGCGUGGCCAUUUCUCCCACAUUUUCCUUGACGAGGCUGGCCAAGCCUCGGAACCAGAAAGCAUGGUUCCUAUAGCUAACUUUUGCCGAAAGGAAACGGUUGUAGUCCUUGCUGGAGACCCAAAGCAGCUUGGUCCAGUUGUAUUUUCAAAAGAUGCGGAGUCUCUUGGAUUGGGAAAAUCUUAUCUUGAAAGGCUUUUCCAGUGUGAAUCAUACUGCAACGAAGAUGCUAAUUUUGUAAAAAAGUUGGUUAGGAAUUACCGUUGUCAUCCAGCAAUUCUCGAUCUCCCUUCAAGGCUUUUCUACGAAGGUCAGCUGAUUGCAUGUAAAGAUGAUAAAUCUUUGUCAAUAAUUUCAAAUUUGGAUUUCUUUCCAAAUAAAGAAUUUCCGGUCCUAUUCUUCGGUAUCCAGGGAUGUGACGAGAGAGAAGGCAAUAAUCCGUCAUGGUUUAACAGAAUCGAAGUAAGCAAAGUUGUUGACAUCAUCAAUAAGUUAAGAGGAAGCUCUGAUCUAAACGAGUCAGAUAUUGGAGUAAUAACACCAUACCGCCAGCAGGUUCUCAAGAUCAAGAAAGUGCUCGAAACCUGGGACUUGCUAGAUGUAAAAGUUGGCAGUGUGGAACAAUUUCAGGGCCAAGAAAGGGAAGUCAUUAUUGUGUCUACGGUAAGAUCAACAGUCAAACACAAUGAGUUCGACAGAACUUACUGUCUGGGAUUUCUAAGCAAUCCAAAAAGGUUUAAUGUUGCGAUUACCCGGGCCAAAUCAUUGCUCAUCAUUGUCGGAAAUCCACACAUCAUUUGUAAGGAUCCUUACUGGGAAAAACUGUUGUGGCAUUGUGAUGAAAAUAACUCAUAUCAGGGCUGCCCCCCACCAGAAAGGGUGAACCAUGAGUUUGAAGAGUCAUGUUCUGAGACUGGAUUAAGUAACGAAGUAGAAGGUUCAGGUUGGAAUGAUGGGACAUGGGAUUGUUAAUAUGAAGCAAAAGCUGGUCUCGACUAUGUUGCUUGGAUUUUUUUUGUUCUAAAAAUUUUUUCUUGAAAUGUUUGCAUACUAAACUUGUGUUCGACGUGUACCUGUACAUGGAAAAGCUUAGAAAGUGAAAUAUCAAACGCAGUCGUAUUUUGACAUUCACGUUCAUGUCCGAGUAAUAUAGCUUUUGGGUUGUAACUAA